GAAACUUCUAUUAGAUCAAAUAAACUUCACUUAGCAAUUACAUUUUUUGGUUGGCCAAAUUCGACACUCACUCAUUGACCUCCAAACAAAAAUUCCUCACUACGUGGGUUUAUUUUCGCGGACAGAUUUUGGGCGGAGUAAAACCUCUCCAUUCGCCUCUUCCUCUCUGGUACAGCACAGUUUCCAUUUAAUUGAACGUUCCACUACGUUUUUGUGUACUCGAGAACGGUGAACGAGCAUUGUCAAACUACCCCUACUGAGACCAAGGUGAUCCCCAUCAUGAACCCCAAACUGACCCAGGAAUGGCAGAAACAGCUUUGCUCCUUACUGGGAAACGUCAGACUCAGCCUGCUGUUCAAGGCCAGUAUACAUGGCUACACAGGAGCAGCCUUUCACCAGAAAUGUGACCACCAAGGUCCCACAGUCUCUGUAGGAUAUAACUCCACAGGGUUUGUUUUUGGAGGCUACACUAGUAAAGAUCAUGAUGUAGUCAAGCUCAACCAGUACAUACAGGAUGACAAAGCCUUUUUGUUCAGUUUAACUGGUAGAAAUCCUGUCACGUAUCCUGUCACAUAUGCCCAAUAUGCGGUCAAAAUGCUUAAAACAACUGGCCCUUACUUUGGGGAGGAUUUAAUGUUUAUGAACGCUAACACAGCUACAGUGAUCAGCAGCCCAGGAAAUUACUACAACUUCAAUGCUGCAGAAAUGCAUGGCAACGACCUCAACCUAACUGAGUGUGAGGUGUACAAAGUGGAAGAGGGUGGUAUCAUCGAAAAGCCAUGGAGGACAAUUCUUUGGAAAGCUGAGAACAGAAAUGCGCUGAUGGAGUCUGUUAAGCUCUACAAGCCCAUGAUCAGUACUGUGGGUCAGGUCAGAGUUCUACUCAUCGGCCCCGUCGGUGCUGGAAAGUCCAGCUUUUUCAACUCUGUCAACUCUAUCUUCCGAGGCCAUGUGACCAGCCAGGCCAUAUCGGGCAGCUCUGGCACCAGUCUGACCACCCAGUUUCGCACCUACUCAGUGAAGGCAGGACGCGAUGGCAAACCUCUGCCAAUCAUUUUGUGUGACACGAUGGGAAUGGAGGAGGCCACGGGAGCGGGGCUAGAUGUCGAUGACAUCAGCAGCAUUCUGAAAGGCCAUGUGCCAGACAGAUACCAGUUCAACCCCUCAGUCCCUCUGCAAGCAGAUGCCCACGGAUUGCGGCAGUCUGUGAACCUGCAGGACAGGAUCCACUGUGUGGUGUAUGUCAUGGACACCUGCAAAGUCUCCAUUAUGUCCACUAAACUGGAGGAGAAACUGGCAGCCAUUCGCAGGAGGGUCAACCUGCUAGGUAUUCCACAGCUGGUUCUUCUGACCAAGGUGGAUGAGGCCUGUCCGUGUGUUACAGACAACUUGAGGAACGUGUACAACAGCCAGUACAUAAAGACCAAGGCCCAGGAGGUGAGUGGCCGUCUGGGGGUGCCCAUGUCCUGUAUUGUCCCAGUGAAGAACUACAGUGAAGAGCUGGAGCUGGACAUGAGCUGUGACAUCCUGCUCCUCAGCGCCCUCAUCCAGAUGCUCCGCUUUGCAGACAACUACUUUGAUGAAGUCAGCGACCAAGAGAAGCACAACCAGACCAAGUGAGGACCAAGUGGAGGAGACCACCCUGCAUGGUGGUGGUAUUGCCUGUCUAGGCCACCUUGUUUAGUCCUCUCUGCCUCAUUCUGUAUAUCUUGUUCUAUGAUGUUCAUGUAAUCAUUAUGAUGACUAGUUACCAUUACACUAAACUACAGAAUGGUGAAGCUCAAUGAUAAGAAUAACAUGCCUGAUUGAGCCUACAUCUUGAAUAUUUAAUUCAUUUGCUAGAAAUCAUUUGUGUUUAGGCCUUGAUUGAAAGUUAGUUCACUAGCGUUGCUAAUUAUGUUGUUUACCUCAUUGUGAUUAUUUUGAUUAUAUGGGAUAGAUGAAAGGCCUGGGUUUCCUUCACAUGUUCAGUGGUUGCUUUGCAUCAAACUAAAGGCAUCACCACUCUAUACUAGUUGAUCCUAUAUAGUCAGUUCUUGGCCAGUCUCAUAUAGCAAUCUGCUCCUCAGAAUAUACCCAAGCUGAUGAGAAAAUAGAGGUAAAACUUCACUUCACAUUUAGCUUGCAAAUGCUUGAAGUUUAAUCACUAGAUGGCAGUAUAUCACCAUUAAACUGAAAAUAAGUUGCUGAUAGUAUGUACUGCUGUUGGAAAAGCUGCCCAUUGUGUCCUCAUUUUUCAUUGUGUUAGUUGACACUGUAUGGUACAUUUAAAUCACCAUUGAUCACAUGUGAAACAGUAACAGUCAAUGGAAUGAACAUGUUUGAACAUGUUUUUUUGAGCAGUGUUUCCCUGUUCCCCUUUAUAUUUGUCCUGACCUGUUCCUGGACUACUCUGCUUUCUUUCAAAUAUAAACUGUCAACUACUUUCUGCUGCCACGUCUUGCCGGUGUUCAGCGGCGUAUAGCAAUAAUGGUAACAUUUUGCAUUACAACUAAGGAGCUUUAACUUCAUUUAGACACCAUGUCCCUUCUAGGACAGGUUACACACAGGUCUUACUGUGUAAUGCAGUGUGAUUCACUGUCCUCGCCCGAGAAAAGGAACACAAGCACUCUGCUGAGUCUGCUCCAAAACAGUGGGAGAAUAUUUUAUUUUGGGGCCUCGCCAACUCUUUCAAAUGACGUCGCUGGAAGACCAGAGCUCCCACCAUUGCUGAAAUGCAAACACCCCCUCCCAACGCCUAACUCAUAUCUCCUAUAUGAAAGCAGAAAUGAAAUACAAUAAAAGUCAAACAUGUAUGACAAAGCCAUAAUGUGUCAGAAGUCCAGUUUAGAUUGUGACCGAGGGAUCCAAAAGAGUAGUUUUGGUCCAAGGUGACUUCAUUUAAUUGGAUCUUUAUCAGUAGACUUGCUAAAUGUCACUGUGACAUUAAAAUAUUUCAAAAUGACAA